AUGAAUGCAGAGGUUAAAAAGUCUGAGGUUAAGUCUGCCACCCGUGUCACUGGUGGUCCUGUGCCAGGCACUCCACGGAAGGGAGCCCCUAAGUUCAAGCAGAGGUCAACACGCCAGUUCAAGAGUAAGCCCCCUAAAAGGGGAGUCAUUGGCUUUGGUGAUGACAUUCCUGGAAUGGAGGGCUUGGGAACUGACAUCACUGUCAUCUGCCCCUGGGAGGCCUUCAGUCACCUGGAGCUGCAUGAGCUAGCACAGUAUGGCAUCAUCUGA